AUGAAGGAUUCAUUCAACACUAAACCGGAGGAGCUGAUGUCAAAGAAGGAUGGCCUUACAAGUCGCAAUUUCUUAAUUGAAGAACAAAGAUAUGAAGAAAUCAUUGGUGAAGUUAAGGAGGCGAAAGAUAAGAGGAGAAAUGGACAGUCAUUAUCAUCGAAAGAUUAUCGCCGAAUCAACCGCUUCGAUGUCAUAAACAUUGGUGACAAAGAAAUGUUAAUUGAAAAAACAACUGGUGAAAUGACAGAUAUAAAAUAUUUUUGUCGCAUUGAUCAAAUGUAUGACACAAUUCAUUCAGCUCACUUAUGUGUCGGUCAUAAGAAAGAGAAAGCCAUGGAAGUAGAGCUUAAAAAGAAAUUUUGCAACAUUACCAGAGAGGUGAUUAAAAUAUACUUGGAUAUGUGCGAACCUUGCUCACUGAAGAAAAAAUCUCAAAGUAAAGGACUGGUCGUCAAACCCAUCAUUACGACAGCAUUGAAUUCACGAUGUCAGGUGGAUCUCAUUGACAUGCAAUCAGAGCCUGACGGUGAAUAUAAGUUCAUCCUUAAUUAUCAAGAUCAUCUCACCAAAUUUGUUGUUUUGCGUCCCUUGAAAACGAAAACCGCUGACGAAGUAUCCGACGUCCUUCUGGACAUAUUCUGUUUAUUUGGGGCUCCAUACAUUCUACACAGCGACAAUGGGCGGGAAUUUUGCAACCGGGUAAUCGAGAACCUAGCCCGUAAAUGGAGUGCCAUUAAACUAGUACACGGAAAACCAAGACACUCACAGAGCCAAGGGUCUGUCGAACGAGCCAAUCAAGACGUAAGAGAUAGUCUUGUUGCUUGGAUGGCUGACAACAACACCUCUGGCUGGGCAAAUGGCCUCAAGAUCAUACAAAAUACUAAGAACAACAGUUAA